UUCUACACCUCCAAAGACCUGAUCAAGUUUAACUAUUUCUGUUUUCUCUUCAAACUCUCUCUCUUCCUCCCAACCUAAACAGCGAAUCCAAUUUCUUAUUCAUCAAUCUUUCUUUCAAGAACAGAAUCAUGUUCUGGUUUGAGGGUUGCGACGAACCUGACUCUUUAGUCUCCUUCGACCCAGUCUUCACCGACACUCAACACAAGAGCAAGAACCCUAACUUUGUCUUCGAUUUCGUAUUGGUUUACAGGCGAGCCCCCAAACCAAACUCAGAUUCAGAUUUAUCAGACGAAGAUGCUGAAGACCUCUGCAACUUAGAAACUCGAAUCGUUCGUCAAACCCACGAGUUCGAUAGAGAGUGGCUCAUCGGUGGCGAUAGGGAGCAGAUAAAAGCCAACGUCUUUAAGAUUCUUGAGAUGAUCCAACUCCCUUCUUACUCUGAUAUCGUGCGCACGUUAACUAGGAAGAUAUUGGAUUUAAAGAAACACGAGUCCGUGUCUGAUUCUCUGGAGAUUGAGAGGAUACGAGUCAAGAUUGAUGUUAUCGUCUCGGGGUUUCCCGGUGAUGACGACGAAGUCGAUAUGGAACUUGAGCAAUGAGGUGGUUGUUGGGAACGACCAAGGCUGUGUUAGAUUUAGGCCAUGCUCCAGGAUGGCAAGUGCUUAUAAGUAUUAUUUUCUCUCAAGUCUAACGCUACCAACACACAGUUAUCACGUGUAGGAGGACAAGAGCAGGCGAUUGCCCCUGGAAUGGCAACGCGAACUUAGGAAAGCUUAUGAGCUCCCGAGAAAGUGCCUCUCUUGUCCCAUUCAACACGUAGUUGAUGAUAGACAUAUGCAUCUUGAUGACAAGCCCAUGUCCGGGAAGAUGGGUAAAAGGGAUAUAAAGUAGCCUCCUCCUAUUGUAAAGCAAUA